CAGAUGCGACUGUUCGCGAGGCUCGCUUUAUAUGCAAAGCUUUCAUUCCACUUUACAAUUACCGUGCAGAUUAACAACGACAAACACAUGUCACAGCUUGAUGCCAAGUUCUUUCGCCUGUUUCGCUGCACCUGACGUGAGAACCUGCAAACCAAAAUAUGGAGGUCGCCGAGCCACGUUUACUCGCAUGCGGUGACAACACUGACCAGCAGCAGUCAGAGCAGCGGCACCAUCGCGAGGGCCACCGCCCGCUCGUGACCCCCGCCGUCGCCCUGAGCCUGGCCUGGCAGCUAUUCGGCCUCGCGCCUGUUGCGGCCUCAGCACCAUGCUCAGCUAUAGAACCCUGUAUAGAGCUGCCGAGCUACGAUGAUCGCAACUUCCUCAUCGUGCUGGACGGCGGCGGUAGUGGCAGUAGCAGUGGCAACAGCAGCGGCAACGGCAGCAGCAGCAGCAGCAGCGCGGGAGCGGGUGCAGGUGUUGCUAGCAGCGUCGAUGCUGCCGACGGUGGUGGUGGAGGCGGUGGAGGCGUUGGAGGCAGUGGCAGCGAGGCGGGGCGCUGGGGGCGUGUUGUGCUUAAGAUUCACAAUUCUCGUGACAACGAGCGCAGGGCGCAGCUGCAGGCCAUGGAUGAGGCCAUGCUACGGCUGGCGGCGGCCGGGGUGGCCACCAACACCCCCCUGCAGCCGUGCCCGCCCCUGACCCCGUCUCCGCCCCCGCCCCCGGCCCCGGCCCCGCCCCCGCCCGCUUCUUCUCAGCAGCAGCAGGAGCAGGCACGGCCGCGGCAAUGCAAUGGUGGAGGCAGCGGCAGCAGCUCCGGAGGCGAGGCCGUGCACGUGCCCUGCCUGGUGGCAGCCGCCCCUCCCCCAGGCGGCCCUGGUGCCACCGCCACCGCCAGCGCCGGCGCCAACACAGCCGACAGCUACGGCUAUGGCAGUAGCAGCAACGGCGCUGAUGCGGACGUCGGGGCCAUCGGGGCCACCGGCGCACGCGCGGGUGUGGCGGGUCUCAGCGGCUGGGCCUGGCUGCCCUGCACAUGCUGCAGCGGCGGCGCAGCGGAGGCGGAGGUGGCGGAGGCGGCGGCGGAGCACUACCAUUGGCACGCGGUGCGCUGUCUGAGCUACGUGCCAGGGCGCAUGAUGUCGGCAGUAACACACCUGACCCCGGGGCUGCUGGUGUCCCUGGGGGAGCUGCUGGGGCGGGUCACGUGCGGCCUGUCGGGCUGGCGGCCGCCGGCGCUGCAGGGAGCCACACACGACUGGCACCCGCAGAUGGGCGCGGCGGUGCUGCGGCGCCUGGUGCCGCACAUCGGCGCCUUCGAGCCGGAGCGCAAGCUGCUGCUGCUCCAGGCGGCGGCCGACCUGGAGGCGGCGGCGGACAUGCUCAGUGACCCGCAGCGCCUGCCCCGGCAGGUGUGUCACGCGGACGCCAACGACGACAACGUGGUGAUCACGGGCCCCGACUCGGCCGCACAGGCGGCGGGCGUCAUCGACUUCGGCGACAUGAGCGAGAUGCCCCGGGUGUGUGAGGUGGCCAUCUCCAGUCUGUACGCAAUGCUGCUGGCACUGCAGCGCCCCAUGCGGCCGCCCCUGCGCACGCCGGAGGAGGCAGCCGGCUUCCUCGCCGGGCAGCAGCAGGGGCAGCAGCACGGGCAGCAGCAGGGGCAGCAGGGAGGGACCGUGGAGGAUGCUGUGCCUGGGGCGGCUCUGGGCGAGGGAGUGGAGGGGGUAGAGGAGGAGAGCGAUAAGGCGUUGCUGCUGCGGCUGCUGUCAGCGGCCGGACUGAUCCUGGCCGGCUACAGCCGCCACGUGGUGCUGCAGCCGUCCGAGCUGUCGGCGCUGCCGCUGCUGCUGCGGGCGCGGCUGGCGCAGAGCCUGGCGCUGGGUGCGGCCAGUGUGGUGGCGGACCCGGGCAAUGCGCCCUAUCUGCUCAUGACGCAGGGGCCCGGCUGGCGCGUCAUCCGGCUGCUGCAGCCCGGGGCGCUCAUGUCGCAGUCGGAGCUGCUGGGAGCCCUGCUGCGGGCCGCCCGGCUGCAGUAGCGCCACGGCAGGAGCGGCAGUAGCAGUAGCGCCACGGCAGGAGCGGCAGUAGCAGUAGCGCCACGGCAGGAGCGGCAGUACCAGGAGCAGUAGCAGGAGGAGCAGUAGCGCCACGGCAGGAGCGGCAGUAGCAGUAGCAGGAGUAGCAGUAGCGCCACGGCAGGAGCAGGAGCGGCAGCCUUGCAAGGGGCACGGCCGGGCGGUGGAAGACCGGUGGUGCGGGCGACAGCGCGUAGGCGCUGGUCCUGUGUGGAAUCAGAGUGCGUGUACAAGGCCCCCGUAAUUUCCAAACCGUGUGGAGCGCCAUGUGUGCCAUCUUGUAUGGAACCUUGUGGAACCUGACUUGUGAUUGAAGGACUCAUGCCCACCGACGAGGCGACGACCCAGAUGCAGGGGCCCCAGGAAAGGGUAGUUAGCAUGCUUGGGGACCGUAUGCAGCACCACGCAGCAAGAACGCAACCCCGGAAACGCCCAAACUUCCUCGCCUGAGGGCCUACAUUGGGGCCCGUUGCCCGCCGCUCCCCGAACAUGCCAGCCCUGCCCAGAUGUCGUGGCCGCAAGGGCGGGGCUGACCCAGGCCACGCUUGGCCACUUGGCCUGUCCCUCAUGCGUAACGUGACUAAUGUCACACUCAAAUGUUGUCAACACUGAGUACGGACCGGUACGGAGACACUCGAGGGAAGGAGAACCGCAAAUGCGUUCCGGCAGGGCUGGCCGGGGCUCGGGGGGCUACUGUAUUGACAAGGAGCAGGAAUGCUGAAUGCAGUACAGGACUACGUCGAACCCGACGGUAUUGCUGGCGUGAGGCUGUGGACUCGUGACCUGUGGAUUGUCCGAUGCCGGUUGG